UAAUUUAAAUAAAUUUAUUUUUAUGUAAUUUAUUUUAUAGUGAAUUCUUUUUUUUUGUCCAUUAAACCAAAAUACUUCAAUACAAUGAAAUUUUAUUUGUAUGACGAGGUGUGCAUACAUAAUAAAAGAAAUGACUUUUGGGUGGUUAUUCAUGGUAAUAUAUUGGAUUUAAGCCCACUAUUAAACGAUCGCCGAGAUUCAUGGAAUAUUAAUUUAGACUAUUUAUUGGCUUUUGGUGGCAAAGAUUUAUCACAUUAUUUCCAUUUAAAUAAUUUACCAAAAACGGAAAUUUCUUGCUUAACGGGUAAACCACGCCUUUUAUUUCCUCCCAUAUUGGAGCUGGCUGAAAGUGAGCUACUCAAAACUCCUGGUAAACUAUGGAGUCAGGAACCUCUGUAUCAUAUUGGAAGAGUUACCAAAAAGGAACGUAAAAUACGCAUCAUUAAUACUUUAACUGCCUCUACAACUUAUAUGAAAGUUUGUGCUGAAGAUACAAUUUACGAUAUACAACGGAAAUAUAAAGAAAUUUACAAUAAUCAUGCGGGCAGCUACUUAUGGCGCAAAUUCUCAAAUGGUGGUCAACGUCCUGGUAAUUUAAUUUUACACGAAACCCUCGAUGGCAACGGUUUAAUUGCAGAAGAUAGUGAUAUUGAAUUACCUUUACCUUCCAUUUGGCUGUAUUACACAGAUGAUUUGACAGUGGCAUGAAUAGUUAAUUGUAAAUUCAAAUUUUCUUUUUUGCUUUGGAAUUCUAUUGUUACUUUUUGUUUAUAGAAAAAAUUACAAUACA